AUGAAGCUCUCCACGCUGCUUUUUGGCAGCAUCGCUACACUUGUGGGCGCGCAAUUGGCCGCCCCAUACACCGACGUUAAGAGCAACAUAACUUUCCAAGCUUACCGUCACAGUACGGGUUACUUCCUUGGAGUUGCGCUACCAGAAAAUCCCGCUGGCAACACCGACUUCAUCGUUACGAUCGGCGGCAAGGGAAAUGGCUGGGGUGGAGCGAGCCUGGCAGGACCGAUGAAGAAUGCACUGUUGGUUUUGGCGUGGCCGAACAACAACACAAUCGUUAGUUCUUUCAGGAAAACAAACCAAUAUGGUUCACCCCCCGUCACCACCGGAACCUUCACACAAUUGCCCAUCGCCAACGGAACAUAUACCAACAGUACGCACUGGACCUAUACAUUUGUUUGUUCAAAAUGUAUCCAAUCCGACGGUACAACCUUCGCCGCUAACGAUAACACCACCGUCUUGGGCUAUGCACUCAGCUCUGCCGCCCCCUCCCAAAAGGGCAAUGCAGCUAGCUCGGUGUCGAAACAUUCCUCCGAAGGCCAAGCCACAUUCGAUCUGGUCAAAGCUAGAAGCAAGGACUUUGCUACGUGGAAAUCUUGGGCUGCACCGAAGGUUGCAAAUGUACUCUAGAGCUGAUGCAGCUACCCCAGGAC